AUGUCGACGCAGAAGAGCAAGAAGAGAAAGUUUGUUGCAGAUGGCGUCUUCUAUGCAGAGCUGAACGAGCUGCUCACACGGGAGCUGGCCGAGGAUGGCUACUCGGGCGUGGAGGUGCGCGUCACGCCGAUGCGAACGGAGAUCAUCAUUCGGGCGACCAGGACACAGAAUGUUCUUGGUGAGCACGGCCGCAGGAUCAGGGAGCUGACCUCUGUGGUCCAGAAGCGGUUUGAGUUCUCCCAGGGCAGCGUUGAGCUGUACGCCGAGAGGGUCGAGAACCGGGGCCUGUGCGCCAUCGCCCAGGCGGAGUCGCUCAGAUACAAGCUGUUGGGUGGUCUUGCCGUUCGCAGGGCUUGCUAUGGUGUGCUCAAGUUUGUUAUGGAGAGUGGGGCCAAGGGGUGCGAGGUCAUUGUGUCCGGAAAGCUUCGUGCUCAGCGCGCCAAGGCCAUGAAGUUCAAGGAUGGGUACAUGGUCUCCGCCGGGGACCCCACGAGGGAGUAUGUGGACUCGGCGGUGCGCCACGUGCUGUUGCGGCAAGGCGUGCUUGGCAUCAAGGUCAAGAUCAUGAAGGAUCACGACCCCACAGGAAAGGCAGGCCCCAAGAGGCAGUUGCCCGACGUCGUCAAGAUCCCGGAGCCAAAGGAGGAGGAAGUGGCAUCGGACAAACCGUUUGUGGGCAAGGAGGUGGAGGGGGGCCUUAUGCCGCCAUCCAUGAACCCCUGA